UCGGGAGAAAAAAGACAACUAAGAAUUUAAUCCGAACCAUAAGGUUUCUGCAUCACAAAGCAGUGGCCCUGGCGCUUUAUGAACGCUCCACUCAGGAACUCCCAGGGCUCCAGCACGUUACAGUGAAAACACAUUAUAUUGGACCACGAAGAUCCUGGGGUUCCUCAGUCCUUCGCCGAAGGAAAACCCAAGCGCAAGCUACUCCGCGGCAGGGCUGUGAUGGAGGCUCCGCCUUAUCGCCCAGACUGCAGCAGGCUGGUCCAGAUCUGCCUUCUCCUGGGGGCCCUGUGGGAAAUCCGGGCCGAACAGAUCCACUACUCAGUACCUGAGGAGCUGGAGAAAGGCUCCUUUGUGGGCAACAUCGCCAAGGACCUGGGGCUGGAGCCCCGGGAGCUGGCAAAGCGCGGAGUCCGCAUCGUCUCCAGAGGUAGGGCGCAGCUUUUCGCUCUGAAUCUGGGAAGUGGCAGCUUGGUCACCGCGGGCAGGAUAGACCGGGAGGAGCUAUGCGACAGAUCUCCAAAGUGUUUAGUGAGCCUGGAGAUUCUCCUAGAGGACAAAGUGAAAAUUUUUGGAGUAGAAGUGGAAAUAAUCGAUAUUAAUGAUAACGCGCCCAACUUUGGGACAGAGCAAAGAGAAAUAAAAGUAGUUGAAAAUGAAAUUCCUGGGACAAGAUUCCCUCUUCCUGAAGCUUUUGAUCCGGAUGUAGGGGUAAACUCCCUGCAGGGUUACCAGCUCAGCUCGGAUGUUCACUUCUCCCUGGAUGUGCAAACCGGGGCCGAUGGGAUAAAGUACCCGGAGUUGGUGCUGGCGCGCGCCCUGGACCGCGAGAAAGAGGCAGUUCACCACCUAGUCCUCACCGCCUUCGACGGAGGCGACUUGGUUCACUCUGGCACUGCCAGGAUCCAUAUAACACUUGUGGAUACCAACGACAAUGCCCCCAUAUUCACUCAGCCCGAGUACCAUGUGAGUAUUCGGGAGAAUGUGCCAGUGGGUUCCCAGCUCCUCACUGUAAAAGCCACUGAUCCAGAUGAAGGAGCCAAUGGAGAAGUGACAUAUUCUUUCAGAAAAGUGAGAGAGAAAAUAUCCCAGCUGUUCCAGUUGAAUUCUGUGACUGGAGACAUAACAAUAUUAGGAUCACUAGAUUAUGAGGACUCUGGAUUCUAUGAUAUAGAUAUAGAAGCUCACGAUGGUCCUGGUCUUCGAGCCAGAAGCAAGGUACUGGUGACAGUUCUGGAUGUAAAUGACAAUGCUCCAGAAGUCACGGUUACAUCUCUCACCAACUCUGUCCAAGAAACUUCUUCCCCAGGCACAGUAAUUGCACUUUUCAAUGUUCAUGACAGUGAUUCAGAGGAGAAUGGCCUUGUCACAUGUUCUAUUCCAAAUAAUCUUCCAUUUACACUUGAAAAGACCUAUGGAAAUUAUUAUCGGUUGUUGACGCACAGAACUCUGGAUAGGGAAGAAGUCUCAGAAUAUAACAUCACGGUAACUGCCACUGACCACGGAACUCCACCACUGUCCACAGAAACUCGCAUUUCGCUGCAGGUGGCAGACAUUAAUGAUAACCCACCUUCUUUCCCCCAUGCUUCUUAUUCUACCUACAUUCCUGAAAAUAACCCCAGAGGAGCCUCCAUUUUAUCCAUGACCGCCCAGGACCCUGACAGCAUUGAGAACGCCAGAGUCACUUACUCCCUGACUGAGGACACGCUUCAGGGGGAACCUCUCUCCUCCUUCGUCUCUAUCAACUCUGAUACUGGUGUCCUAUAUGCGCUACGUUCCUUUGACUAUGAGCAGGUGAGAGACUUACAACUACUGGUGACAGCCAGUGACAGCGGGGACCCUCCCCUCAGCAGUAACGUGUCUCUAAGCCUGUUUGUUCUGGACCAGAACGACAACGCGCCAGAGAUCCUGUACCCCGCUCUCCCCACUGAUGGUUCCACCGGCGUGGAACUGGCACCCCGCUCUGCAGAACCCGGAUAUCUGGUCACUAAGGUGGUGGCGGUAGAUCGAGACUCAGGCCAGAACGCCUGGCUGUCCUACCGCCUGCUCAAGGCCAGCGAGCCAGGGCUCUUCACGGUGGGACUGCACACGGGCGAGGUGCGCACAGCGCGGGCCCUGCUGGACAGAGACGCCCUCAAGCAGAGCCUGGUGGUGGCCGUCCAGGACCACGGCCAGCCCCCUCUCUCGGCCACUGUCACGCUCACUGUGGCUGUAGCCGACAGCAUCCCAGACGUCCUGGCUGACCUGGGAAGCUUCAAACCCUCCGCCAACCCUGACGAUUCCAGCCUUACUCUGUAUCUGGUAGUGGCAGUGACCACGGUCUCCUGCGUCUUCCUCGCCUUUGUCAUCGUUCUUCUGGCGCUCAGACUGAGGCGCUGGCACAUGUCACGUCUGCUCUCAACUUCCGGAGGCAGAUUAACGGGCGUGCCAGCCUCGCAGUUUGUGGGUGUGGACGGGGUGCGGGGAUUCCUGCAGACCUAUUCCCACGAGGUGUCCCUCACUGCGGACUCACGGAAGAGCCACCUGAUCUUCCCACAGCCCAACUACGCGGACACGCUCAUCAGCCACGAGAGUUGUGAGAAAAGCGAGCCUCUUCUGAUAACUCAGAAUUUACUUGAAACUAAAGAAGACCCCAAUCUUCAUCAGGUGAGUCAAUUUGCCAUACUGAAACGUUUUCAGAGAGCUGUGUAAUUGUCUCCAAUUGUAUAAGAUACGUACUAUAUUACAUAAAGGCACUUCUUUUUAGUAUUUUAUUGCUGGGGGUGGGGCAGUAGACCCUACAAGAAUGAUCAGUAACUUUUACUGCACCUAAGUUAUUUUUUCUUAUCCUGUGUAGUCUUCAUCCAGUUAUAAGUUUCAGCAACAAUUUCUUAAUUUUAUGUCUCUAACCAUCUCACUGCUGUAAAUGCCAAUUCCUUUAGGUCUUAUUGAGAGUAUAGAAUGGAACUGUGAAAUAGAAGG